AAAACUUCUCGAGAACAGUAACAGAGUUGGCCAUGGCUAUAACCAAAUCCAAGAUAAAGCUACCUUUUUUACUAUCACCUUUCUCUAAGCUAAGUUUCAAACCCAACUUUUUCUGUUCAACUGCAGAUAUUUCUGUUGAUGAAGAAGAGUUGAACGACAAUGAAAAUGAAAAAAGUAAUCAGAAAAAGGAAAUAUCUCCGGCAGAAGCCCUACUCGCAGAAAGGUUUCAUUCCAUAAUCAAAGAUCAUCACAGGAAAAACCCUAACCCUGAUUCGAAAAACCCAUCUGACCCAUCACCUCUAAACCCGAACCUCACAAUCCCAAACCUAACUUCUGAUUUUUUCCAAAUCUCCGAACCGAUUACUCCUGUUGUUGUCACCCAAGUAGUUGAAAAAUGUGGUGAUAUUCGCUAUGAUACUCCAUUUCUUGAAACCCUAAGCUUUUUUAAUUGGGUAAUGAGUCGACCCGAGUUUGAACAAAACCCUGAACCCUAUAACGAAAUGAUUGAUUUAGCUGGGAAACUUCAUCAUUUUAAUCUCGCUUGGGAUUUAAUCGGUUUAAUGAAGAAUCGGAAUGUUGACAUUACGAUUUCUACAUUUACAGUUUUGAUUAAGCGCUAUGUUCGUGCAGGAUUAGCUGCUGAAGCUGUACAUGCGUUUAACAGAAUGGAGGAAUUUGGGUGUAAACCUGAUAAGAAUGCGUUUUCGACCGUGAUUGGUCUUUUUAGCAGGCAUCGAAAAGCUGAAGAAGCUCAGGCGUUUUUUGAUUUGCUGAAGGAGAAAUUCGGAGAUGAUGUGGUUAUUUAUACAAGUUUGAUUUAUGGAUGGUGUAAAGCAGGGAAUAUGUUGCAAGCAGAGAAGGUGUUUGCGGAAAUGAAAGACUCGGGGAUUGAACCUAAUGUUUAUACUUAUAAUAUAGUGAUUGAUGCUUUAUGUAGAUGUGGGCAAACUAGGCGUGCACAAGAUGUUUUCGCAGAGAUGAUUGACGUAGGUUGUGAACCGAAUUCGAUUACGUUUAAUACUUUGAUGAGGGGUCAUGUUAAAGCUGGGCGAACCGAGAAAGUUUUGCAGGUUUAUAAUCAAAUGAAGGAACUGUCAUGUCCUGCUGAUAUAGUUACUUACAAUUUUCUUAUAGAUACUCAUUGCAAAGAUGGGAAUGUGGAUAGUGCAAUUAAGGUGUUAAAUCAGAUGGUGGAGAAUGAGUGUGAUCCGAAUCCGAAUACUUUUAAUCCCAUUUUUAGGUGUGCUGCGAGGAAGAAAGAUGUGAAGGAAGCUCAUAAAAUGUACCAGAGGAUGAAGGAAUUCAAUCGUAAGCCGAAUACUAUCACUUACAAUAUAUUAAUGAAAAUGUUUGCUGAUUCAAGAUCAAACGAUAUGGUUCUUAAAUUGAAGAAAGAUAUGGAUGAAAACGAGGUUGAGCCGAAUUUGCACACUUACAAAGUGUUGAUACCACUGUCUUGUGGACCUAGGCAUUGGGACAAAGCUCAUCAGCUCUUCACUGAGAUGAUUGAAGAGAAAGGCUUGAAACCGCCUUCGUACAUAUAUGAGAUGGUUCUGAAGCAAUUGAAGAAAGCAGGGCAAAUGGAAAAGCAUGAAGAACUUGUGGAAAAGAUGGUUGAUAGAGGAUUUGCUUCUCGGCAGGUCGGCCCUUGUAGUUAGGACUAAGGAGCUACUAGCUAGUUAGAUUUGCAAUUGAACACCAGAGGAGAUAAUUUAUUUCCUUUUUCAAUAUCAUUAAGGAAUUUGCUUCCAAUGUGUAAAUCAAGUGCAACAUGAUUUUUAUAUGCAGAUAGCUAAAGAAAAUGCCCUAAUGUUUAGUGAUAGAAACACAAAAUAUCUGCAUGAUAAAGUAAAAUAUAGGAAGAGAAUAACCCAAAUCGAGUCACUUCAAUCUAAUGUUGGUGUGUGGCU